AGAGCAUCAAAAAAGUUGUUACUAGGGAGUAGAGUAUAGUUGUUACAAAAAAUUAAACAUCACUUAAAUUGAUGGAGAAGUGUAUUUACAAGUAUAUCCCUACUUGUGCUUGUGUGAGUGCUAUUUAUAGAUGUAGGUCAUGUAGCCGUGCCUCCACCGCGCUUUCCUUGGAAGAAGUGUCAACACUUCACACUAUAUUUUCUCCUUCAAAUCUAAGCUAGCCAUGUCUCUAAGCAAUAACAUUACAGCUUUCUUGAAUUUUGUGGCAUUUAUGUGCUCCAUCCCUAUAAUCGCGGCCGGUACAUGGCUGGCCUCAAAGCCGGACAACGAGUGUAUCCACUGGCUCCGAUGGCCGGUUGUUUUCAUGGGUCUCGCCGUUAUGCUUGUCUCGUUAGCUGGAUUCGUCGGUGCUUAUUGGAAAAAAGAGGGAUUAUUGGGUGUUUAUUUGGUUUGUAUGGCGAUUCUCAUCAUCUUCUUGCUCGUGCUCCUUGUUCUUGCUUUUGUAGUCACGCGCCCAAGCGGCGCUUAUUCUGUACCCGGUAAAGGUUAUAGCGAGUACAGGCUUGCAGGUUUCUCCUCCUGGUUGAGGAAUCGGAUUACCGAUGGUCAUAGUUGGGGAAAUAUAAGGGCCUGUUUGGCUGUUUCUGAUAUUUGUCCUAAGCUUAAUACUCACAUUAUUACUGCUGAUCAAUUCUUUGCUGCUCAUCUAUCUCCUAUCAAGUCAGGAUGUUGUAAACCUCCAACAAUUUGUGGAUAUCAGUAUGUGAACCCAACUGUGUGGAAUAACCCAACAAACGCAAUAGCAGAUGCAGAUUGCUCCAUUUGGAACAACGACCAAAACCAGCUUUGCUACAACUGUGAUGCGUGCAAAGCCGGUUUGCUAGGAAAUCUGAGAAAAGAAUGGAGGAAAGCAAAUCUCGUUCUCAUUUUAACUGUGGUGGUUCUUAUUUGGGUAUAUCUUAUUGCUUGUAGUGCUUACAGAAAUGCCCAAACUGAACAACUUUUCGAACGUUACAAACAGGGUUGGGCUUGAUGUUUUUCCAUCCCCCUUUCCACUUCUCAAAACCCUUCUAGUAAUGCAGUUUGGUUAACUUUUGUAUUUUAGGUUCUAUUUGUAUUUCAUCUGCACAUAUUAUUUGUACCAUCUUAUCUUUGUUUAAGUCAUGUGUCUUUGUGCAAAACUAGUACUGCUUCUUUGUUACAUACUCUCUUUGUC